AUGGAAUGUUUCAAGGCCCUAUACGUUACCAUAUUUAUGGUAACUUUUCUGAGUUCAGCACCGUGGACAGCUCCGUUAAGAUUGAAACCUAGUAACGCGGAAAUUCUGAUCAGACAUCUUCUGAUGCCAACACGAGCCAACGCCACCAAGGAGAUGUUAACCGUCCAUAAAUUCAUAGCUUCUAACUGGGAUCUCAAGGAGACACCACUACGUUUUGGAGAGGCUCAUACACAGAUUUGCUCUUCGAAUAUGAAAAAAAGUGACAGACUUUCUAUCGCCCUCAUCCAACUGCACAACUUUAUUCGCCCAUUGUACCUGGCGUACUCUUUGGAAGAAUCAAAAGGAUCUCAGCACAAGUCGCUAGCAAGAGCUCUCUGGGACACCAGCUCCCUGCUUAAUUAUACAGUUCAGAGUGUGAAAACUGAGAUCCGUAGAAAUGAGUAUCAGAUGCCUACUACUCAACAUUUGUCAAAGGUGCAAAUGAAUCACUACACCCGCGAUUACCUACAAGCAAUGGUCGAACAGAAUCGAUUGAGUAUAACGAUCACUGAGGAUGUGGUGGAAAUCUAUCGAAAUUAUGUCAUCCUUUACACAUUAAAAGACGUCAUCCUUCACGAUGUGUUGAGGUGUCUUUAACAUAGUCGACGACUCACCGUCUGGUUGAAACAUC